UGCGUUUACGUGACAUACACAGAAAUGGCGAGCGGUAGAAAGAGUGCACUGCUCUCCUCUUUGGCAGACUAUGGAGACGAUUCAGAGCCCGACUCUGACCCCGAACCAGAAGAGUCAGGGGGGCAUGUAGGAGGCCUCGUGUACAGCUAUGGUGACGAUGACCUGAACCGAAUUGAAAACCCAGAAGACCAAGAGUCUGCAGAUGAAGACAGCAGAGAAAGCAAUUCGGAAAUGGACGAAUCUGACGAGGGGAGAGACGCAGAUGAUGUUGAGAUCCCAGAAGCAGAGAGAAGGGACCCCAAUGAGCUAGUUGCUCUGUUUUCAGAAAAGGUGAGGAACAUGUCACCUGACGAGAUCAAGAUUCCCGCUGAACCUCCUGGACGCUGCUCCAGCCAACUGCAGGAGAAGAUUCAUAAGCUGUAUGAGAGGAAGCUCCAUGGAGACUUUGACACAAACAGCCACAUCCAGAAAAAGAAGGAAUUUAGAAACCCGAGCAUUUACGAGAAGCUCAUACAGUUCUGCGGUAUAGAUGAACUGGGAACUAACUACCCAAAAGAUAUGUUCGAUCCUCACGGCUGGUCAGAAGACUCAUACUACGAGGCUCUCGCCAAAGCUCAGAAAGUGGAGAUGGACAAACUGGAGAAAGCCAAGAAGGAACGGACAAAGAUUGAGUUUGUGACGGGGACGAAGAAGGGCACCAACCCCUCCAGCACAGCAGCCUCUACCACCAGCAACACCACCACUACAACAGCCACAGCAGAUGCCCAGAAGAGGAAAAGCAAGUGGGACUCUGCGAUCCCCGUGACCCUGGCACAGCCCACCCUCAUCACUACCACGGCCACACUGCCUGCUGUUGUUUCCGUGACAACCACAGCAAGCGGCACCAAGACAACGGUCAUCUCCGCCGUUGGUACCAUCUUAAAGAAAGCGAAGCAGUGAGCACGAGAAAACGGGCUGACCCGUGUUGUGCUGCAGUCAUAUAUGUGUAAAACGCAGACAAAUGAACUGAUGGACACGUUUUUUUUAGAAGAAGCC